GUUUCCAGCUCGUCUUCCGUGGUUCUCCUUUGGUUGCCAUUGGCUUGUUGUGAUUGUGCGCAUCGCUACCUGCUCGAUUCACGAUCGGAAUCUACGCAGACGUACACUCCGGCAUACCUCGCGAUCUACGGUCGUCUGACACUAAGACGCAUCAGGAUAUUCGAUAUGUGAGCCACUGGAAAUAGCAUAAUAUUCACUCGGACCAUUUCACUACAAAUAUCAGCGCGUAGCAUAUUAUGCAAGAGACUGAACAGCAAAAAACAACAUAUUCCAACGAACAAACAAUACAUGCCAACCGGCUUCCGGUGGUUCACGUGAAUUUGGAAGUACGCAACGGCAAACAUCUACCAACGGAGGCAUUUGCAAAACAGUGUAACCCUUGUGAAUAUGCGAAGACUUUCAUAUAUCCGACUUUACUUCCCGCUCUGGAGGCAAUGUUGCAUAAAGCCAAGGAACUAAAGUGCUUUGAGCGACGUCGAUUCGGAUUCAACGGACUGGACUUUCUCACAGUCUACUUAUUCUGUAAAAAUCCGUGGGUAGAACCGGGUCGAGAGCUUAUUUCAAAGCUGGAGGAAAUUCCCUGGGUAGCUACCGAGUGGGCCAUCCGGCCAAGAGCUCCACUACCCUUGAGCCUUCAGUGGACCGACGAUGAGGCGGCUACGAAAAUACAGUCGUAUUGGAGAGGUUACACAACACGGAAGGAUCCAGAAAUCCAGGAAAUGCGUCAGUGGCAGCAUGAGUGGAGAAUAUACAAUCGAUGCAAACAGGCUACCACAGCGUCUCCAGACCAGACGUAACUCUGUCAGAAGUCAGGCAGACAUGCAGCUGCAAGUAAUAGAACGACUUUGUCGGAUACCAAUUGUGCUUCCUAUCCGAGAAAUACAUCUAAAUGUCCGAGC